AACGACCAAUAGAAAAUUAAAACCCUUCCAGUUUAAUCGUUCCCGUCUACGCACACUUCUCGUCCCGACAUAGAAGACAAGCCACUGCCACAGCCACCGCCACCGCCACCUUGCGAAGAGGAUCAGUAUCGCUGUCAUGCCUUGGCAAAGCAACACUCACUGAGUAAGUACCGCCAAUACCAACCACUGCCUCAGACGCCAAAGAUCUUGCAAUUGGGCGGCAAUGAGGCAAAGGCAGAAUGUUGCUGUUUCAUCAGCAGCAGAAACAGACAGAACCCAAAACCCAAUUCCUUCAAAAUCAGACCCACAACAAAAGAAAGCGCAAAGCUUUGAUUUUCUAGGCUCUUCGAAGAAAGUCUUUGCACUCUGCUUCGCUUUUCGAAUAGCGAAUGCUCUGUUGGUUCAAACCUAUUUCAACCCAGAUGAACACUGGCAAGCCCUUGAAGUAGCACACCGCAUCACUUUCGGGUAUGGCCAUUUGACUUGGGAGUGGGAAAAGGGGAUCCGUAGCUAUUUGCAUCCUUUGCUCUUUGCUUUGCUUUACAAACUGCUUGCAGUGUUGGGUCUUGACACCCCAUGGUUCAUGGUCAGGGCUCCACGGCUGUUUCAGUCCUUUUUUUCUGCAUUUGGUGAUUUAUACUUGUACAAACUCUCUGUCAUCCUCUUUGGUCAUUGCGUUGCAAAGUGGGCUCUCUUUUCACAAUUGACAAAUUGGUUUAUGUUUUACUGCCUCACUCGUACGUUAUCAAAUAGUUUGGAGACUGUUCUUACCCUUGUGAGCCUGUACUACUGGCCCUGUAUGAGGCCUUCUUCCAGCAAACUUCCUUUGGAAUCAAGGAAGUGGGGUUUGGUUAUUGCCGCAUUAGCUUGUGCUAUUCGACCAACAAGUGCUAUCAUAUGGCUGUAUGUUGGACUUCUUGAGCUAUUUGUGACACGUGAUAAACUGAGAUUCAUUUUUCUGGAGGUUGCUCCUAUGGGGCUCCUGGUGCUCGGGCUUACAUUUUUGUUGGAUCGUUUGAUGUACGGUUCAUGGGUCUUAGUACCUCUUAAUUUUCUAAAGUUCAAUUUCCUUUCUGCUGGUGGAGAUUAUUAUGGGACUCACAAGUGGCACUGGUACUUCACUCAGGGAUUUACUGUCAUGAUAUUCUCCUUCUUACCAUUUUCUGUAGCUGGCAUCAUGCAGUCCAAACAUUGGAAGCUUUCUGGCCUUAUUGCAUGGGUUUUAGGACUUUAUAGUGUGCUAGGCCACAAAGAAUUCAGGUUUGUUCUUCCAGUGCUUCCUAUAGCUUUGAUAUUCUCUGGACAUUCAUUAGCUGCAUUAAGAACAACGAUUUCUGCCAAUGGUAAAGGGAAAGAAUCAUCAAAUAUCCAUAGAACAUGCCCUGCUAAAAUGCAGGUGGCCAUCUUUUUCUUGCUCGCUACCAAUAUUCCAAUGGCCCUGUAUAUGAGUUUGGUUCAUCAGAGAGGAACUGAGGAUGUUACAUACUAUCUAUCCAAAGAAGUGCUUGAUGGAAAAGUGACAAAUAUACUUUUCCUAAUGCCUUGCCACGCCACACCUUACUACGCGACUGUGCACCACAACCUUCCAAUGAGAUUCUUAGACUGCUCACCAAGAGAAGAGAAAGGAAUCCCAGAUGAAUCGGACCAUUUCAUGAUGGAUCCUGUUGGUUUUGCAUCAGAGUUUGCAAAAAAUUGGUCUUUACCCAGUCACAUUGUAUUAUUUGAUUCGGAAGAAAAACUGUUGAAGGAUUUUCUAAUCUCACAUUCUUUCAAAGAGAUAAACAGGUUUUUCCAUGCUCACUUCAAAGUGGACCGUGAUCUUCAAGCGUCAGUUGUUGUGUAUGGUUCCACCGGCGACUGAUUAUUGUUUAUGUAACAACCAUUACUCCAGUGCGAUGAAACUGGAAGGAAUUUAUUGACUUUAGGUCUUGACGAAUGGAGUGAAUCGCCAGAGCUUGGGGUUAUUGUGGAUGUGCGCAUAUAUCAGCAGAUUCCAACUUCAGAUCAUCAAUUAGUAUGUAACAAUUUUUUCCAUUCAUUAACCCCAGAAUUUAUUAAUUAUUUUAUUUUAUAUUCUUUUCUUGCCUUUUUGUGUGUGUAUUGCGUUAAACUUGGUAUGUCAACUUAGAUACAGCCUAGAUGUGUCAUAUUGUGAUAUCCAUCGUGCUAGACAAAGAGGCAACAUGGACACAGGCUGUGCCAAUGAAAACCGAUAUCAAUUUUGACUGACAUAA